CAGUGAUCUCGGUUCUAUGGUAAGAAACCAGGGGGGAUAAUAUUUAUAUACUAGUUGAUUAUCUAUGAAUUAUCUAUGAAUUAUCUAUGAAUUAUCUAUGAAUGCCACAAUAUAACAACUCAGCAACAUCUUAGCAAUAUAAUACACACGUAGUCGAAACUGAUAACACAAUGGGCAGCAUCGAGAAUAUUCCAGAAAUAGCACCUGAUGCUAUCCCUACUGUGGACAUCAGUCCCUUCACAGACCCAAAUGCAUCUGAGGAGGCCAAGAGCGGUGUUGUCGAUGCCAUACGCCACGCUUGUACCAAGUACGGUUUCUUUUACCUCGCCGGCCAUGGUGUGAGCGAAGAAAAACGCAACGGCAUACUCGAGUGUGCUAAGAUAUUCUUUGACCUCCCGAAGGAGGAACUCAUGGAUGUUUGGAUCGGCAAGUCGAUGGGCAAAUCAUUCCGCGGCUAUGAGCCCCCUGGAAUUCAAACCCAUCAAAAAGGUCUCCUGCCAGAUACCAAAGAGUGCUUUUCGAUCGGCCACGAGGUCCCUGCUGACCACCCAGAUGCUGGCACUUUCUCAACCGGCCCCAACUUGUGGCCCAAGAGCCUCAAAGAUGAAGAUUUCCGAACUCCUGUCAUGGAGUACCAAGCCACUAUGCUUGCGCUCUCCAAAGUGCUCCUCAAGCUCCUCGCCCGCGGUCUUCCAAAGGCCUGGGGGCAUCCUACUGACGUACUGGAUGAGGUUGCCGUCAACCCAUCCAUGCCCAUGAGACUGCUGCACUACGGUCCCCAAGAAGUCCUCGAUGAGCGACAGUUUGGCGUGGGCGACCACACCGACUUCGGCUGCAUCACCAUCCUGCUCCAGGAGAUGGGCACGAAGGGCUUGGAGGUAUGGUACCCGCCGACGGAGACGUGGAUCCCGGUGCCGCCCAAGGCGAAUUCGUACGUGAUCAACAUGGGCGACAUGAUGCAGAAGUGGACUGCGGGCUACUACCGCAGCGCACGCCACCGCGUCAUUACCUCUGGCACCAACCACAGGUACUCCGUCCCCUGGUUUCUCAACGGCCAGCUCAAGCUCAAGUGCAAGGCCCUCGACGGGUCUGGCGUCGAGACUAUUGUUGGAGAGCAUAUUCGCCAACGCCUCAUCGCUACCAUGGGCGAGACCGGCAAAGCCCUACAGUAGACUUGCUGUAGCUGAGACGUGCGCGGAGAUGCAAAAGAGGCACAAGUGUCGGUGUACUCAACUAGUGUAAUUUGUUAAAUGGAAAUCGUGGUCCGGGUUCGGAUUGAUUUUAUAUUUCUUUUUUUGACAACUGGGCCAAUCUCUCAAUAUAGGUUUAUCCAGCACCCUGCGUUCGAGGAUUUAUCCUUGUGUAGUGUCUGUUGAUGAACCAUAUAGUCUCACCGGGAUUGUUAGCUACCACGAGGAUCAUGUUCUCGCCUCAUUGGUAGAGUUCUGGACACAGUCAAUAUAUGUGUAGAACAAGGAAUUUUAAGAGUCAAUCCCUUAUAUAGGCGGUAAAGAGAAAGUAUAACAAACGUCUAUUUGGAUGUACUCGGGGAUGAUUUGAUUGAUCGAUGCCUCACUCUUCGUGCUUAGCUCAAUGUUGUUUGUACGUUUUAAUACCACUAUUACUAUUGAUGUUCAAUAACAAAUAACAUGACGACCCUCGACUUAUCUCUGGAAGUUUCCCAUAUAAUCUUAUAAUCUUAUA